AGGUGAUCUCAGCAGGCCUUCACUUUGUCUGGCUUCUCAUUUUUGGCCUGCUGAAGACCAACAAAAUGUGGCCACUUACACACUGAAUACAAUGUCUGGCUGACUAUGGUGCUGUGCAAUGUUGGGGCAGAUAAUGAAUGAGCACAGGAAAAGAAAAGCAAGCAAAGAGGUGGUGAGGAAGCUUUUCUUAAGAAAAAUGGGGUGGGACCCGAAUGAAGAAGAGGAGACCAGGAACAGACUGAACAGUGCCAGCAUACAACAGUCAGGAAGCUGCUGAGAUCUUAUAUGGCUCCUAUCUGACAACAUGCACCACCAGUGGUUGCUGUUAGCUGCAUGCUUUUGGGUGAUAUUCAUGUUCAUGGUUGCUAGCAAGUUCAUCACAUUAACUUUUAAAGACCCAGAUGAAUAUGGUGCCAAGCAAGAACCAUUAAUGCUAACAGCUAUGACAAAAAUGGAGAAGGUACAAGGACCAGAGGAGAAGCGUUUGCGUGAAGAAUUCCAGCCAACUGGAAAAGUGCUUUCUGGAAAUCUGAUGCACCAACCUCUGAUCCAUAUGGAAAGACUUGAGCUUCUCCGGAAUGUUUGCAGAGACGCAGUGCUGAGAAAUCUCUCUCAUACUACAGUUUCCAAAUUCAUCUUGGACCGAAUAUUUGUGUGUGACAAGCACAAGAUCUUGUUCUGUCAGACUCCAAAAGUGGGCAACACUCAAUGGAAAAAAGUCUUAAUUGUGUUAAAUGGAGCAUUUUCUUCCAUAGAAGAGAUUCCAGAAAACAUUGUGCAUGACCACGAGAAGAAUGGCCUACCACGUUUAUCUUCUUUCAGUGACUCUGAAAUACAGAAAAGAUUGAAUUUAUACUUCAAGUUUUUUAUUGUAAGAGAUCCAUUUGAGAGACUUAUUUCUGCAUUUAAGGACAAGUUUGUCCACAAUCCUCGAUUUGAACCCUGGUACAGGCAUGAAAUUGCUCCUGGUAUUAUCCGGAAAUAUAGGAAGAAUCGCACAGAGACCAGGGGGCUGCAGUUUGAGGACUUUGUGCGUUAUUUGGGUGAUCCUAAUCACCGAUGGCUAGAUGUUCAGUUUGGGGAUCACAUCAUUCAUUGGGUAACGUAUGUGGAACUUUGUGCUCCGUGUGAAAUAUCGUACACUGUGAUUGGACAUCAUGAAACUCUAGAGGAUGAUGCUCCAUAUAUCUUGAAAGCAGCAGGAAUAGACCAUCUGGUAUCCUAUCCCACGAUUCCACCAGGCAUAACAAAAUACAACAAAACAAAAGUAGAGCGCUAUUUCUCAGGAAUUAGCAAGCGAGAUAUAAAACGCCUAUAUGCCCGUUUUGAAGGAGACUUUAAACUAUUUGGAUAUCGAGAGCCAGAUUUCUUGCUAAACCGACACCUAGAUUAAGCUGGGAAGAAGUAUCUAUUAAAUUAGACUAUGGCAUAUGCACAUCAGCUGCCACACUGGCUGAACUGAGACUGACCAUUAUUUUCUAUAUUUUUGACUUUGCUCCAUUUUUGGUGGAAUAUUUGUGGACAAUUAGGAUUCCUACUUGUUAUUUACUGACCAUAUUUUCAGCAUACAACAUUGCAGUCUGUUUAGAAUGAAUCUAUGUCGUCUAAGAUAUAAAAUGCCACCUAACCCUUCUUUCUUCAGGGAGAAAGAGGAGGGACCAGUAGGUUGUAAAAGAAAGUAAAAUAGAAUGCAACUGAAAAAUGUUGUAAAGAAGGCAGUUCACUGGAGGUUAACUUUAGGCUCACCUUAUGAAAUUUGUGUAGUGUUGAUACUUACUAUUUACCAGAAAGAAUUGUGGAGUCUCCCACAAGCUAUGAAAACUAGAGGCCAGUAUAGGACCAAUAAUAAAUGUGCUAAAGACAAACAAAAGAUGUCCAGAUUCUAUUAUGUGACUAUUGUAAAGGUUGUGCUGAUCUAAUCUCAUUUUUGGUUUUGGUUUUAUGUUUUUGCCACACUGAAAAAUUCUUCUAACAUAACAGAAUUUUUAGUUCUACCCAGGAAGGGCUGAUUUCAGAGGCCUUUUGUCUUUAUUUUUGUGUCCAUAGUGUUACCUGUCCUUAUACUGGUUUAUCACGCCUUAUAGUUGUUAUACUUUUGUUUUAGUUGUUGACAUCCAAGUUUGUAAAAUGUCCAAAAACUUCAGAUACAAAUGGAGCAUAGUUUCCAAGAAGAAAUAUAGAACUAUUGGGGAAGUGAGUUAAAAUAAAGCUAGAUGUAUUUGCAAGAGCAAUAUAAAAGCCAAGACCUGCUUUUUAAAUAGUGUGCAUUUUAACUUGGUUUAUUUUCUAACUGUACAAGCUGCUAAGCUUAUUUAAUAAAGUUGUGAAAAGAAGAAAGCA